AGACGGGCCUCUUCUCCCACUCCUGAGUGCCAUGGCCUCUCGUCCUCUGUGGCUCUGCAGUCUCCUGUGGGCAACGGGGAGGAAGGGACGCGCCCCUGCCCGAAACCCGUGGACCGGGCCCUGCCCCGCCCGCUCCAAUCCGGCCUCUUCCGCAGGCAGAGAUGCGGCUGCUCCUGCUGGUGCCCCUGCUGCUGGCCCCGGCGCCCAGGUCCUGGGCUCCCAAGGUGAGACGGCAGAUUGACACCUGGGGACCCUGGGGUCCCUGGAGCUCCUGCAGCCGGACCUGCGGAGUGGGCAUCAGCGUCAGGGAGCGCCCCUGCUUCUCCCAGAGAAGAGAUGGGGGCUCCAGCUGCGUGGGCCCGGCCCGGAGCCACCGCUCUUGCCACACCGAGAGCUGCCCGGAGGGUGCCAGGGACUUCCGGGCGGAGCAGUGCUCCCAGUUCGACAGCCAGGACUUCCAGGGAAGGUGGUACAAGUGGCUGCCGUACUACGGAGCCCCGAACAAGUGUGAGCUGAACUGCAUUCCCAAGGGGGAGAACUUCUACUUCAAGCACAGGGAGGCUGUCGUGGAUGGGACACCCUGUGAGCCUGGCACCCGGGACGUCUGUGUGGAUGGCAGCUGCCGGGUCGUGGGCUGUGACUACAACCUCGACUCCGCAAAGGAGGAGGACAAGUGUCUACAGUGUGGGGGUGACGGCAGGACCUGCUACCCCGUCACAGGCACCUUUGAUGCCAAUGACCUCAGCAGAGGCUACAACCAGAUGUUCAUCAUUCCCGCGGGGGCCACCAGCAUCCGCGUGGAGGAGGUGGCGGCCAGCAGGAAUUUCCUGGCGGUGAAGAGCGUGCGGGGAGAAUACUUCCUCAACGGGCACUGGACCAUCGGGGACGCCCGGGCCCUGCCCGCGGCCAGCACCGUCCUGCACUACGAGCGCGGGGCCGAGGGGGACCUGGCCCCUGAGCGGCUCCUCGCUCGCGGCCCCACCUCCGAGCCCCUGGUCAUCGAGCUCCUCAGCCAGGAGCCCAACCCCGGUGUGCGCUACGAGUACCACCUGCCCCUGGGCAGCUCCCGGUCUGGCUUCCGCUGGAGCCACGGCUCAUGGAGUGACUGCAGUGCCGAGUGCGAGGGAGGUCACCAGUCCCGCCCGGUGUUCUGCACCGCUGACAACGAGGUCUACCCUGACCACAUGUGCCAGCAUCAGCUGCGGCCGGCCGACCGCCGCCCCUGCAGCACUCACCCCUGCCCGCAGACCAAGCGCUGGAGGACAGGGCCCUGGUCGCCCUGCUCGGCCUCCUGUGGCGGCGGCUCCCAGUCCCGCUCUGUCUACUGCGUCUCAUCCGAUGGGGCAGGCAGCCAGGAGGCCACCGGGGAGGCGGAGUGUGCAGGCCAGCCUGGGAAGCCCCCUGCCACCCGGGCCUGCAACCUGCAGCGUUGUGCAGCCUGGAGCGCGGAGCCCUGGGGGGAGUGCUCUGUCAGCUGCGGUGCUGGGGUCCGGAGGCGAAGCGUCACCUGCCGCGGUGAUGAGGGGUCUCUGCUCCACGCUGCAGCAUGCCCCGCGGAGGACCGUCCCCCCAUCACGGAGCCCUGUGUGCGUGAAGACUGUCCCCCAACCCAUGACCAGGCCUGGCGUGUAGGCGCCUGGGGUCUGUGUUCCAAGAGCUGCAGCGCAGGGACCCGGAGACGCCAGGUCAUCUGUGCCCUCGGGCCUCCCGGCCACUGUGGGAGCCUGCAACUGCCCAAGCCCAGGGAGGCCGAGCCCUGUAACACGCAGCCCUGCCAUCUGCCUCCAGAAGUCCCCAGCGUGGAGGACGUGCUCGCUGACCCCAGGGAUCUCCGGAUGUCUUUGGGCCCUCAGGUGGCCGCCAACCCAGAUUCCAGAGACCAGUGGUGGCUCCCCCAGGAGCAAACCUUAGUGCAGGGUAAUCCCAGCGGAGCCCAGGGCCUCCACCUGCCAGGCCUAGCUCCCUCUCUGCCACAGUCCCCGCACCAGCAGCCACCACGGUCUGGCUUGGCACCCCGAGACUGCAGACAUAGCCCCUAUGGGUGCUGUCCCGAUGGCCACACCGCAUCUCUUGGGCCACAGUGGCAGGGCUGCCCGGGAGCCUCAUGUCAGCAGAGCAGGUACGGGUGCUGCCCUGAUGGGGUGUCUGUGGCUGAGGGGCCCCAGCACGCGGGCUGCGCAGGGUCUGACAGCAGUGACAACACCAGGAGAAGGCCGGGGUCAAGAGCGGUGGCUUCUUCGGCCCCCAAGACCCACCAGCCCCGGGCUCAGCAGAAUGAGCCCAGUGAGUGCCGGGGCUCCCAGUUUGGCUGUUGCUAUGAUAACGUGGCCUCUGCUGCUGGUCCUCUUGGGGAAGGCUGCCUGGGCCAGCCCAGCUACGCCUACCCUGUGCGGUGCCUGCUGCCCAGCGCCCACGGCUCCUGCGUGGACUGGGCGGCCCGCUGGUACUUCGUCCCCUCUGUGGGCCGGUGUAACCGGUUCUGGUACGGCGGGUGCCACGGCAACGGCAAUAACUUCGCCUCCGAGGAGGAGUGCAUGAGCCGCUGCCGGGGGCCUCCCGCCGGCGCCCGCGGAGAUGGUGGCGGCAGCGGUCCCGGGGGCCAGCACGAAGCCAGAUGGCAGAGGACGGGGGCCACGGUCCAGACGAAGCCCUUGCCUUCCGGUGGCGGCUCGUGGCGAGCCCGAGAGCCUGGGCCGAGGGAGGAGUCCCACGCGCAGGCCUUUGGAGAGCGGCCCUGGCGAGGGGAGCAGGGGCCCAGCGCCCCUGGCCUGGGCGGAGAUGCGGGGCGACCAGCGCCGCCUUCCCGCAGCUCUUCCUACAGGGUCAGCUUGGCCGGCCGGGAGCCAUCCCUGGUACAGGCGUCCCCGGGGCAGUUGGUGCAGCUCGUCUGCCAAGAUGACGACGCCUCCCUGGAGCCCCGUGGCCAAUGGCAGAAAGACGGGCAGCCCGUCUCCUCCGACAGGCACAAGCUGCAGCCUGAUGGCUCCCUGGUCAUCAGUCCCCUGCGGGCAGAGGACGCUGGCAUCUACAGCUGUGGUGGCAGCAGGCCGGAUGGUGACUCUCAGAAGAUCCAGCUUCGUGUCAUAGGGGGUGAUGUGGCCGUGCUGUCUGAGGCUGAGCCAAGGCACUUCCCUCGGACCAGGGACCCAGCUCAGGGCCACACUCCUUGGGACUCCAGCCUAGUGGGGGACAGAAGGGGCCCAGGGGCCGUCUCCUCCUUGCAGCCUCGGCCCACGACCAGGCUGCUUCUGGAUAGGAACCAGCCCAGGGUGGUGGACGCCCAACCAGGCCAGCGGGCCCGGCUGACCUGCCGUGCUGAGGGCUUCCCGCCCCCCACCAUUGAGUGGCAGAGAGAUGGGCAGCCCCUCUCUUCCCCCAGACACCAGUUACAGCCUGAUGGCUCUCUGGUCAUCAGCCACGUGGCUAUGGAAGAUGGUGGCUUCUAUGCCUGUGUUGCUUUCAAUGGGCAGGACCGAGACCAGAGAUGGGUCCAGCUCAGAGUUUUGGGGGAGCUGACCAUCGAAGAGCUGCCCUCCACUAUGAUGGUGCCAGAGGGGGACACGGCCAGGCUGCUGUGUGUGGUGACAGGAGAAAGUGUGAACAUCAGAUGGUCCAGGAAUGGGCUGCCGGUGCGGGCCGACGGGCAUCGCGUCUACCAGUCCCCAGAUGGGACCCUGCUGAUCCACAACCUGCAGGCCAGAGACGAGGGCUCGUACACGUGCAGCGCCUACCGCGGAAGCCAGGCAGUGAGCCGCAGCACCGAUGUGAGGGUGGUCCCGCCGGCGCUGCCCGGCCAGUCCGGGGCCCUCGGCAGGGAGUGUGCGGAUCAGCCGGAGCUCGCCAACUGUGAUCUGAUCCUGAAGGCCCAGCUCUGCGGCAACGAGUAUUACUCCAGCUUCUGCUGCGCCAGCUGCUCCCGCUUCCAGCCUCCCGCUCAGCCUGUCUGGCAGCAGGGAUGAAGGCUGGCCGCGGGCCUGGUCCCGAAGCAACCCUUGGCCUGUGGCCUCCGGCUGGCAAAGGGAUCUGUCCUUUAGAGAAGGGGCCCUUUCAGGCCGCCCUGCCUGGCCGGCACCCACCUCGCGCUCCGCCACCACAGGCAGCUGUCAAGAGGCAUCUGCUUGGAGAAGGCCACCCUUUCCGGCCUCCUCCCUCAUUUCUGUUACGCAGGAUCCGUUCACUGGGUUCUAAAGCAAGUUACCAGGGUUCUCAAUUCAUUGAAAGCUGGGUGGGGAGGUGUGGAAGGGUUUCGAAGUUACCAUGUAUCUCCCGGGCACACUAACGCCUGCCGGGUCAGGUCAUUUCUCUUUGCUAGAACGCCCUCGCACAUCGGGUCAGACAGCGGGUCCACUGCUCCAGUCGCGCUCACCCUUCCGGGCGGGCAGCUUCAACCCCCCGUGAGGACAGUCAACGGCAUGCCCGUGAGAGCUCCUGCCGAGUGCAGCACGGGGAUGGGGUGAAGGAGCAGCAGCUGGUGCCGUCAGCAUGGCCGAACUGGGGGAGCAGCGCCUUCCUUUCCUCCGGAAAGGUCCCCCUCUGGAGGCCGACGCACAGAGCCUGGCUGUGAGGGUCCCCUCACCCUGCACUGAGCUGACCCGCUCUGCACAGUGACCAGCGGGGAGCCUCUCCUCCCCCAGCAGGAAUCUGUGAGGCAGAACCAGACCAUUCAAAACUGGCACCGGCAGGACAGGGGAGAGAAGAAGGGGAAGGCCAUGUAUGAACAACGAAGUAGUUUCAGAAAUGGCUGGAGGUGGCAGAAGUCGCCUCCAUCUCAGAACCUCCUGUUCCUCGCUGCCGCUAGACAAGAGGCCUGGAUUCUACACAUCCUCCAGAGGACCAGCUGAACCUGACAGGUUAUUCUGGGACAUAGGAUAGGCAGGCAUUACGGGGAAAGCUGACUUAUUACCACCACACUGGCUGGAAGAGAAACUGCGUCACGGGGGAGUGACACUUCUUGGUCUACCUCUCAGUCAAUACAGGAAACGUGGAUUAGGGGCAGAGGCAUUUUUUUUUCUUUCCACUUAAAAAAAUACAGAGGAGGAUCCCCUUUCAUUUACCAUGGCUAGUUUUGCUAUACAAACUGGAAACUAAGGGCUACUUUCUUGGACUCCCCAGUUCUCCCCAAUUGGCAACAUCAUUCAGAAGGGAAGUUCGAGGGUAGCUAGCUCUUCCCAGAACUAGUCAGAGUACUGGGCUCAGGUUAUAGCAAAGAGUAACACUAACAAGCUGGACCAGUGGUUCUCAACCCUCUUCCACAUUGGGAGCUUUUAUUUUUGGUUAAAAAAAAAAAAAAAAAAAAAAACUGAACUUGGGGGUCCCCCCCCCUCUGAUUUAUUGGCCUGGAGUAGGGGCCAGGGUGAGGAUUUUAAAAGCUCCUCAGGUGAUUAUAGUAUGUAUCCAAGGCUCACCACUCCAGCAGGGCCUUUCAGGUGAACCUUGUUCCAGGGUAUUUUCUGCCGACUAGGCUGGGGGUGGGGAGGGUGGGCUGAGAGUCUGUACCUCUACUCAACUCCUCGGUGCAGUCCAUGCUCCUGUUUCAGACCACAAUCUGAGCAGCAAGAGUCUGACAUCAGAGAUAUGCUUAGAUCAACCAAAGCCUCAAGUAUAAACACAAAAGUGAAUUUUAAGAAUAUUCCAGUCCUGAUGGGCAAAACAGAUGAAGGGGAUUAAUCCAGAGGUAGAAUCUUCCAGUUAGGAGUCACGGAGAGGAAAAGUCUAACGCAGGGAAUAAGGUCAAUAAUACUGUAACAGCAUGUGUGGUGACAGAUGGUGAUCACUUAGUGAGCACUGUGCAAUGUACGGACUGUUGGAUCGGUAUGUUGUACACCUGAAACUAACACUGUGUGCCAGUUACACUUCAAUAAAACAAGUACACUAGUCCCAAUACAAGAUCUAGCUACCAAACC